GUUAUGCUUGGAAAAUGUAAUCAUUUUGUAUAUAUUUUUGACCCCGAUCCAAAAUAGCUUACAAAAGUAACUCCAAAUCCCAAAAAUGCCGGUGGCCGUUCGUCUGGUGGAGGCCUUGACCCUGAUCACAAUUAUGGGUCUGAUUACCUGCAUUGGUCUCAGCGUGAUCCUGGCCCAAAAGACUCUUAGUAUGACCAUUACAUUUAUAGAGCCCGCAGCGAAUAUUGCCGAUAUGGUACUGAUUUUAACCGAGAAAGUACUGGUAUCCUCGCUACUCUGCGUUUUAAGACUAACAAAUGUGGUGGGAAAUGCCCUCCAAGCGGCCGGAAUCGCCUGAUGAUCAAUAUCUUACGAUAUAUCAAAGUGACCCCACUAACUUUCGGUUUUCUGAUCCAUGUUGGACACUGUUGUAUGCCAAUAUAUUACUCGCCCUGCGUUUUAUUAUGCCAUUAGUGCCCGUCA